UUUUUUUUUUUCGACCCUUUCGAUCAUCGCAAAAGCUCCUUUUUUUUUUCCUUCGAAGUCUUCCCAACUAAUACUUAGAAUUUUCUAUUUGCUUUCUCAGAAAAUUACAAGAAUUCUAAAUCUUUCUCUCUGUUUUUGUUGAAUUCUCGAGAUCUGUUUGAUUCUGAAGUCCUUGUAAUUUGUGUCCAACCAGUUAAAAAUGGGGUUUUGUGAAGGUUUAUGAGUUUCCUAUUAUCCAAAAAUGGCGAUCUCUUGGUCUUGAGUUAAAAUUGUGUUUCUUCUUCUUCUCUGUCGUUGUUAAAGUUUUGAUUUUCAAUUUUUUUUUUAUUUUGGGGUUGGAAACUUGAAAUCGAGAAACUUUUGAUGGAAGCGGGUAGCUCCAAUUCAUCGGGUCAGCUUACCGGGCGGGUCGUUGAUACAAGAGGCAAACACAGGAUUCAAGCUGAACUCAAAAGGCUUGACCAAGAAGCUCGGUUCUUAGAGGAAGAGCUGGAGCAGCUUGAGAGGAUGGAUAACGUAUCAUCGUCUUGCAAAGAGUUCUUAGACAGUGUUGAUAGCAAACCUGAUCCUCUUCUUCCCGAAACAACAGGUCCAGUGAAUGAGACAUGGGAUCAAUGGUUCGAAAAAACUAGAGAAGCAAAAAGAUGUGGCUGCACCAUUCUUUGAUCUUCAUUUCCCUCUCUUAAAUUUUUGGCUCUACUUCUUCCAUGAGUUUGUGUUUUUACGUUCCGCGGCAGUGAAAUUGAUGUAAUUGGCAAAAAACAAAAACAAAAACAAAAAGUUGAUUCAUUUGUGCAGAUAAAAAAAGUAUUGAUAUUGAUGUGUCUCUUAACUUAGAAAGAAUACAGUGCCAAAUUCUGAACAAAAACAAGAUUCCUUAUUCAUUUCGA